AUGUCAUCAUCAUCAAAUCCAUCAUCCACUGCUACAUUAGCACCCCCAGUAGGUGAACAAUCUACCCAACAACCACAACAACCUCAGACACAACCUCCAGCCGAACAAUCAAAUCCAACUCCAACACCAUCAUCACCUAGAUCUCCACGAACCAAUCGAGCUAUAUCCAUCUCCGCACCUCAUUAUCAUGAUCACAAUACCGUACACCACCCGCUCGGGCGAAUACCCACGGGGGCAUCAAGGCGUUCCACCAACGACGCCGAAGGUACAGGUGAACCACUAGGUCGAACUAUCACUAGCGGAACAACAGCCUCUAGACGACAUGCACCUGAUCUUGCUUUCCCUUACUUGACAACGGAUAUCAGUCGAGGUGGUAUAACCGAUGAAUAUCGUACAGAGACCAGACAAGGUUUCAUACCUAUGGAUGAUCCAGAUAAUGGAUUGAGACCCGUUCAAUCUCGUCUAUCCACAUUGCAUGGUGAUAGAUUCGUACUGCAUGAUACGGAGAAGGGAGCAGAGGCAUUGAAAAAUAAGAAAUUGGUUACUUGGCUGGAGAACGAUCCUGAGAAUCCAAGGAAUUGGUCAAACUUUAGGAGAUGGCUAAUCACCGCCAUCGUAUCCUGUGGAGUCAUCCAGGUGGCUCUGUCCUCUGCAAUCGUCACCGGUGAUUUCAAAGAUCAAGAGGAAUAUUUUGGUGUCUCAAGUGAAGUUAUAGCUUUGACUGUCACAUUGACUGUAUGCGGUUUCGGUACUGGUCCGUUACUAUGGUCUCCUCUUUCUGAAUUACUAGGCCGUCGAUUACUAUGGGCCAUCCCAACAUUCGUAUACAUCAUAUUCAAUAUCCCCUGUGCGCUAGCACCCAACAUCGGUUGUCUGCUCGCAUCAAGGUUUAUAUGUGGUUUCUUCGGUUCGGCACCACUUACCCUUGCAGGUGGUACCAUCGCAGAUAUAUGGGGACCUGAAGAAAGAGGUUUCGCCAUUGCCAUAUUCGCUGCUGCUCCCUAUACUGGUCCUGUCAUCGGUCCAUUGAUAGGUGGAUAUAUAGGGAAAUAUGCAGGUUGGAGAUGGUUGUAUUGGGUUAAUAUGAUUUCAGCUGGUGUAGUAUGGGCUGCAUCUCUGUUCAUCCCCGAAACAUUCGCCCCUGCCUUGCUGAAGAAACGAGCCAAGAAGUACAGACAAGACUUCUGUGAUGACUCGUAUGUCACCGAACAAGAAUUAUUCAGAAAACCAUUGAAUGAAAUCGUCAUUGAAACUUUGAUUCGACCAUUUGAAAUGCUUGCUACCGAACCCAUCUUACUCCUAAUGUCACUGUACAUCUCCCUAGUAUACGGUCUACUCUACGCAUUCUUCUUCGCUUUCCCUGUAGUCUUCGGUGAAGAUUACGGCUGGGACGACGCCAAGACCGGUCUAACUUUCAUCCCAGUCUUCUUCGGUGUCGGUCUAGCGUUGUUCGUCACUCCAUGGUUAGAGAAGAAAUACUCUGCGAAAGGUGAUCAAGUUACACCAGAAGAUAGAUUACCAGGAAUGUUAAUCGGUGGACCUUUCGUACCCAUUUCACUAUUCAUAUUCGGCUGGACGGCUCCCCCCUACGUCGCACCAAGCGGUGGAUCCUGGGUUGGACCCUGUUCAGCAGGUAUACCAUUCGGUUUCGGUAUGGUCUUAGUUUACUUCUCGGCAAAUGCCUAUUUAAUAGAAGCUUUCCCAGACUACGUGGCCUCAGCUCUAGCAGCCAAGACGGUCGUUAGAUCUGCUGCAGGUGCCGCCAUGCCGCUGUUCAUCUCGAUUAUGUUCAGACACAUUGGGAAUGGUCCAGCCGCCAGUAUAUUAGGUGCAGCUGCCAUUAUCAUGGCUCUGAUACCUUUCGGGUUCGCUAAAUAUGGGGCUAGUAUCAGAGCAAGAUCAAAGAGGGCUGCUAUUUAA